UUUUUUUUUUGCAGGGUGCUGGCUGGCUGAUAUUUACAUAAUAUCUCCGCUUAAAUGUGACCUCGUCCCUAAUUGGAGGCUUCCUUUCCAUUUUCUAUGGCAACACUACAGAACAGAUCACUCCAGGGGGCUGGAUCAGAGGAGUAUCUGCACACACUAUGAUGUCACUAAUACUGCUCAGGAAGCCCUCCUUGCUGAUGAAAAGGAGAACGCUCCAACAGGACUAGGAUCUGUGGUGUGGAAAGUCCCAGAACAAACAGCUUGUGACUUAGCUACUGGUGCUGCUCAGUCUUCACAUCUUUAAUUUAAAAUCAAACACUACUUCCUCAGAAAUCUGUGAACAAGAGAAAGGCCAUGAGAUACUGUUCCCAUGAUGGCAGAGGUGGAUGGAAGGUUUUGUUGACCAUUGCACAACUCUUAAAUGCUAAAAGCUGAAGGCACUAGCUGACAGCUCAGCGUGGAGCAAACAUUUUAUUUUAAACUUCAAAAACAAUUAUGUCAAAGAAAAGUCGUGCCAAGGGAGAGAAGUCCGACAUGGAGACUGAAUCCCUGCAAGCUGCUAAUGAGGAGCUGCGAACUAAACUAACCAACAUCCAGAUAGAAUUUCAGCAAGAAAAAACCAAGGUGGGUAAACUGAGAGAAAAAAUCCAAGAAGUUAAACAAGAAAGGGAGCAGGAGCAGCAUAAGCACACUGCUUAUGUUUCUGAACUGAAAGCCAAGCUCCAUGAGGAGAAAAUGAAGGAACUUCAGAGUGUCAGAGAGCUACUGAUCCGGCAGCACGAGCAGGAGGUGGCAAGAAUGGUGAAAAUCAAAGAUGGUGAAAUUCAGCGUUUGCAGUCUACAGUCAAUGUCCUGCGGGACGGGGCGGCUGACAAAGUGAAGACGGCGCUGCUGAGUGAGGCAAAGGAGGAGGCUCGCAAAUCGUUCGAUGGGGAACGAAUGAAGCUGCAACAAGAGAUCUUGGAGCUGAAAUCUGGCAAAAAGCAGCUUGAAGAAGCUCUGAACAACAUUAUGCAGGCAGAUAAAAUGAAGGCUGCGGACCUGCGCACAGCUUAUCAGUCCCACCAGGAUGAGAUCAAUAGAAUAAAGCGGGAAUGUGAGAGGGAGAUCCGCAGGCUGAUGGACGAGAUAAAAGGCAAAGACAGGGUGAUUCUGGCUCUGGAGAAGGACCUUGGUGUCCAGGCAGGCCAUACACAGAAACUGCUCCUUCAGAAAGAAGCUUUGGAUGAACAGCUUGUCCAAGUGAAGGAGGCAGAGCGAUACCACAGCAGUCCUAAGAGGGAGCUUCCUGCAGGAGUAGGAGAUAUCAGCGAACUGAUGGGAAGUCCGGAGCAGCAUCUGGAUGAACGAGAUGUGCGGAGAUUCCAGUUAAAAAUCGCUGAACUGAAUGCUGUAAUAAGAAAGCUGGAAGACAGAAAUACUCUCCUAGCAGAUGAAAGAAAUGAACUGCUGAAACGUUCUCGGGAGACAGAAAGUCAGCUGAAGCCUUUGGUAGAAAAAAAUAAGAGGAUGAGCAAAAAAAAUGAUGACAUGUUACAAUGUAUCCAGAGAAUGGAAGAGAAAAUAAAAAAUUUAUCAAGGGAAAAUGUAGAACUGAAAGAAAAGUUAUCUGCACAACCAGCACUGAAGAGGCACACAUCUCUGAAUGAUCUCAGCAGCACACGAGAGGAACAAGAAAUUGAAUUCCUUAGACUGCAAGUCAAAGAACAACAGCAUGUUAUUGAUGAUCUCACAGUGGAAAGAGAACGGUUAUUGCGGUCUAAAAAACAGAGGAGGAAAAGUCUGAAGCCUCCAAAGAGGCAUGUUGUGGAGACAUUUUUUGGAUUUGAUGAAGAAUCUGUUGAUUCAGAAACUUCUUCUGUAACUUCAUACAACACAGAUAAAACAGACAGGACACCAGCAACACCAGAAGAAGAUUUGGAGGAUAGCACACCUAAAGAAGAAGCUGAGCUCAGGUUUUGCCAGCUAACAAGAGAGUAUCAAGCUUUGCAAAGAGCAUAUGCAUUGCUCCAAGAACAAGUUGGUGGAACCCUGGAUGCAGAGAGAGAAGCAAGGACUCGUGAACAACUUCAAGCUGAUCUUCUCAGGUGUCAGGCAAAAAUUGAGGACUUGGAGAAAGCUCUAAUCGAGAAAGGACAGAUUUACAGAAUGGAACAAGAAGAGCAUCAGCUGAAGAAUGAGAUGCAAGAUGCAAAAGACCAGAAUGAGCUGUUAGAAUUCAGAGUGCUAGAGCUUGAAGAGAGAGAGCGAAGGUCACCAGCAUUUAAUCUUCAUAUAACCACCUUCCCUGAAAACAAUGGAAGUGCACUUCAACUGUUCUGCCAUCAGGAAGGAAUAAAGGACGUGAAUAUAUCUGAACUUAUGAAGAAGCUAGAUAUUCUUGGAGAUAAUGGGAAUUUGAGAAAUGAAGAGCAGGUUGCAAUAAUCCAAGCUGGGACUGUGCUUUCCCUCUGUGAAAAGUGGUUGAAACAGAUAGAGGGGACAGAAGCUGCACUGACACAGAAGAUGUUAGACCUGGAGAAUGAGAAGGACCUGUUCAGUAAACAGAAGGGUUAUUUAGAGGAAGAACUCGACUACAGGAAGCAAGCUCUGGACCAGGCAUACAUGAAAAUCCAGGAGCUGGAAGCCACGCUGUAUAAUGCCCUGCAGCAGGAUCCAGGCAGGCGGGCGAGCGAGUCGCUGACGGAGGCGCAGCGGGAGGAUUUGCGGGCGGCGGUGGAGAAGGUGCGGCGGCAGAUCCUGAGGCAGAGCCGCGAAUUUGACAGCCAGAUCUUGCAUGAGCGGAUGGAGAUGCUGCAGCAGGCCCAGCAGCGAAUUAGAGAUCUAGAAGAUAAAAUAGAACUUCAAAAGAGGCAACUCAAAGAAAUUGAAGAAAAGCAUUCAUUCUGUGGCCUUGAUGACACAACUGAGCCGAGACGUGUGGCUAUUAAAAGACCCUAUGGAGUGAAAAGCUGAGUCCACGUGCAAAAAUACAGAAAAUAUUUAUUAAGCAGCUUUAAAUUGGUGCAUUUUUUCAUAAAGCAGUUUGCAUAAUACUUGAAGCUGCAAAGUAUUUGAACUUAAAAUUAGAGAUUUUUUUUUUAAGAUAUGGCUUCGAGCUGGAAUGAUUUCACAAUCAAAUAAGGACCAGCACAUCAUAAACACGGAAAAAAGAUAUCAACAGAACUUAUAUUCUCACACCAACCAAACAGCAGAAAAAAUACAAGUGCAAUUACUGGCUGCUAUGUGAACUGUUAUCUGCCAAAUGGUUUUCUUACAGUACUGAGAUUUUUGUCUCCAUACUGCAUGCUUUCAACAAAUGUGGUUUGCAUUUCACCCAAGAAACACAGGAUCUCCUUUUUAGUAUCUAUAUUAAAAAAGCUAAGUGUUUGACAUUAAGUUGUCUAUAGUAAAUAGCUGACAGGAAGCAAACUGUUCAAAGUUGGAAACAAAUAAAGAUUUACAACCCUGCAGUGGUAAAAUUCAGAUUAAAUUCCUAAAUUGAAAAUCCACAGGUGCAGAUAGGAAGGGUUUUGGAGAAAGGCAAGAUGGUAGAUUGAAGUAUGAACACUUUAAAGUGGGUGAGAACUGUGUGGGAAAUGUGAUUCUUUGAAUGUUUCUUGAAAAGUAAGGCAAUGUCUUGUAAAGACAGCUCUGGGAAAAUUACAGAUUGCAUGGUGGCCUGAGAGGUCAAAGAGAAUGCAUGAUGUGCUGUGCUCAGUUAUCUCUUUGAGAGGAAGGAAGGACUUGGAGAAAUGGGCAUGUAGAUAAAUGUGAUAAGCAGAGAAGUAGUUGAACAUGCAUAUUUGGAAAUCAUGGCAUCCUCUCAGGUGAGAUAAAAAAACAUCAUCAUUAGCUACCAGGAAGCAAAAACGGCACAACCUCAACCAGCAGAGGUAGACAAACAGUCACUGACCACAUGAACUUCAAGAAAAAAAAUUGAGGUGAAGCACACACUGAAAAAAUGGAAGUUGCAAAGACCUUUUUAAGAGAACGGUUAGAAAAUGAAAAAAUGCUACUCUUUCAAUGAUGGAAAAGCAAAUCAGUACUUCAGAACUGGAAAGGCAAUAUGAAGAAAUAGCUAAUUUUAAUUAUUUCUUAAAUGUUGAGGCAAGAUGAAAACAUUAAGAGCACAAGACUAGAAGAUAACUUUCUCCUCCCUCGCAUUUUCUUGAAAAUCAUAUUUGUGUAGAAAGCCACAGAGAAACAAGUUUACUACCAUGGACACACUGAACUCCAAUAUGAAUUAGCUGAUUACAGUAAUACAUGAAGUGGAAGUUAUGAUUGACAAAAAUAACAUAAAGCAAUGAACACCUAAGGAAGGACAGAGAAAGCUGUUGAAGGCGAGGGAAUCAGCCUCAGAAGCAGCCUCUUUUCUCAGAUAAUUAUCAGGUUCUGAAGAGAAGUACUCUGUGCAAAGAAUCACUGGACAAGAGCAUUUACCUGCAGAAGGAGCUGAGACACUCCAUGAGAUUAAUUCAGUCACAUGCAGCAAACUGUGGCUGAUGUCAGGGUUGGAAUAACCCUGGUAGAAAGCACAAUUUACCUUGGAAACAAGGAUCAUGCAAAAGUCUGGAAUUUCGAUCCCCAGAAGAAUGUGUUGCUUACAAUAUAUUGUUCAAAAGGAACAAGCAUUUAGAUAAUCAUAUUUUCAAAUAGAAAUUUUUCAUAUUUUAGUUAAGUCUUUUAGCAGUGUGAUGACAGAAUGUGGAAAAAUAAGGCCUUCACUGCAAGAGAGAGUUCUAUCAUCACUCAAAAGCAAUGGACCACAACAGGAGGUAAACGGAGCUUGAGAUAAUCAAAUCUGGUGCCAAUGAGGGAACAGUGAUUCACUUGGCAAAGAAACAGUUUUCAUAGACACGGAUUUGCUCAUCACUAUUUGAAUAUGGAACUACGAGCACAAACAUGGGAUAGCCAGAGCAUGGGGCUGCCACGAUAAGCGCACUGCACCGACAGGAGUGGGUCUUCUUACAAAGCAGAGAAGGAAUUAGAAGAUGCAGGCACACCUGAUGAAAAUGUAAACAGUGCUGGAGAAAAGAAUUUGAACCACAGAAUAAAAGAGCUGGAAAAGUCAGUGCAACAACUGAAAGGUGUUCUAGAGGACUAC